AUGGCCGCCGCCUCCUGCGGCACCAAGGCCGUGGCCCUGCUGAAGCGCACGUGGGUGCUGAGCCCCGGCGCCCCCCGGCGCGGCCGCGCCUGGCCCCCCAAGGAUGCGCCCCGCCCGCGGAGCCCGCGGCCCGGCCUUGGGGCCCCGGCCCUGCCCUGCGCCUGCGCGCAGCCCCCCGCCGCGCCGCCCAGCGCCCCCGGUCUGCUCUGCCCACAGGACUCGCUCAGCAGCAGCCUGAAGACUUGCUACAAGUACCUGAACCAGACCAGCCGCAGCUUCGCCGCGGUCAUCCAGGCGCUGGACGGCGAGCUGCGCCAUGCGGUGUGCAUAUUUUACCUGGUGCUCCGAGCUCUGGACACUCUGGAGGAUGACAUGACUAUCAGCGUGGAAAAGAAGGUUCCUCUGCUGCAGAGCUUUCACACCUUCCUUUACCAGCCAGAAUGGCGCUUCAUGGAGAGCAAAGAAAAGGACCGACAAGUGCUCGAGGACUUCCCCACGAUCUCCCUGGAAUUUAGGAAUCUGGCUGAGAAGUACCAAACAGUGAUUGCUGACGCUUGCCGGAAAAUGGGCUUUGGUAUGGCAGAGUUUUUGAAUAAGGAUGUGACCUCCAAACAGGAAUGGGAUAAGUACUGUCACUAUGUUGCCGGGCUGGUGGGAAUUGGCCUUUCCCAGCUGUUCUCCGCCUCCAAGUUUGAAGACCCCUUAGUUGGUGAAGAUUCGGAGUGUGCUAACUCAAUGGGCCUCUUCCUGCAGAAGACAAACAUCAUCCGUGAUUACCUGGAAGACCAACAGGAAGGAAGAGAGUUUUGGCCUCAAGAGGUGUGGGGCAGGUAUGUGAAGAAGCUGGGGGAUUUUGCCAAGCCGGAGAACAUUGACGUGGCCGUGCAGUGCCUGAACGAGCUCAUCACCAAUGCGCUGCACCACAUCCCGGACGUCAUCACCUACCUGUCACGGCUCCGGAAUCAGAGCGUGUUUAACUUCUGUGCAAUUCCACAGGUCAUGGCCGUUGCCACGUUGGCUGCCUGUUACAAUAAUCAGCAGGUGUUCAAAGGGGUUGUGAAGAUCCGGAAAGGACAAGCAGUUACCCUAAUGAUGGAUGCCACCAAUAUGCCAGCCGUCAAAGCUAUAAUAUACCAGUACAUAGAAGAGAUAUAUCAAAGAAUCCCCUCCUCGGACCCAUGUUCUAGUCAAACAAGACACAUCAUCUCCACAAUCCGGACCCAGAACCUCCCCAACUGUCAGCUGAUCUCGCGAAGCCACUAUUCCCCCAUUUACCUGUCGUUUGUCAUGCUGGUGGCCGCCUUGAGCUGGCAGUACCUGAGCACCCUGUCCCAGGUCACGGACGAGUAUGUGCAGACCGGCGAACACUGAUGCUCAAGUCUACACACAACUGGAUUCCCUUGGCUUCCCUUUGGUUUUCUCCCUCCUACUUUGAUUCCUCAGUGAACUCUGUGCUUGGACUUUUGGAAACUGAGGCGCACUGGAGAAGAUGACAGUGGAAGGAAGGGAUGCCUUCCCCCGCAGCCUGCUGCUGUGGGCCAGCUGAUGGGCCACUGCACUUCAGGUGGUGGCCACCUGGGGGCGCACUUGGUGAAUCUGUUAUGCUAAUUAAAGUUAAUUUAAUUUGAAGCCA